CGCUACCGGCCGCUCAGCCCGCGCUCCCGCUGGGUCGGACAGUUCCGGGGGCCGCGGCGCAGAGCUGUCGCCGGCGCCACCGCCCCGGGCUGCCGCAGACCGCGGGAGAGCGUCUGCGCGAAACCCCAGCGCAGCCCUGGCGGGAGCGCCGCCUCCCAGGCACCGGCCACAGCCCCCCGGCCUCGGGAGCCGCUGUCCCAGCGCACCCGCCGCCCGCGCGCAGAGAUGCUCUACACUUCAAGCUUAUCGAAGAUUACAUUGAUAUUUAUGGGCUAAUCUGGAAAUUUACAAACAGUUUGUUUCACUACGUCUACAAGAAAAUAUGUGCAAAUUCCAGAUGGCUGGCUUGUAAAGGGGCUUUUAGAACAUAAUUCAGUUUAUGAAGUACUCCUUAAGCCCUGACAACCAUUGUAAAGAUGGAAUUAUGAAUAUGGCAACCUUCCUCCGGGGCUUUGAAGAAAAGGGGUUAAAGAGCGACAGGCCCGGGGACCAGUUCAGUAAAGAGAAAAAGAAGAUUCUCUUCUCCUUUUGUGAUGUGUGCAACAUCCAGCUCAACUCGGCGGCCCAGGCCCAGGUCCAUUAUGACGGCAAAUCCCAUCGGAAGCGGGUCAAGCAGCUGAACGAUGGGCAGCCUCCGCCCCCAGCCCAGGGCUCAGGGCCACCGCUUGCCAGCUCUUGCCCUUGCCCCGGCACGAACACCAGCACAGAAAAUGAAGGCUGGAGCCAAGUCCCGGUAGCACUGUACAUCACACUGGCCACAUCCUGGAAGUUUUGUUUAUCCAACUUGGUUGCUGGUGAAGCCGCUGAAAUCCCUGCCAGGAUGUGGAGUGGACUCCCUAGCAGAGGCAGUGCAUGCCACAGUACUACCCUUCCUGCCCUGGUGCGCACACCCACCCUGAUGAUGCAGCCUUCACUGGACAUCAAACCGUUCAUGUCUUUUCCAGUGGACAGCAGCUCUGCUGUGGGACUCUUUCCAAAUUUUAACACAAUGGACCCUGUGCAGAAAGCAGUCAUCAACCACACGUUUGGAGUCUCCAUUCCCCCAAAGAAGAAACAAGUGAUUUCCUGUAACGUCUGCCAGCUUCGUUUUAACUCAGAUAGCCAGGCCGAGGCCCACUACAAAGGAAGUAAACAUGCCAAGAAGGUCAAAGCACUUGAGGCAGCGAAAAAUAAACCCAAAAUGGUUCCUUCCAAGGACAGCGCAAAGGCUAAUCCCAGCUGCUCCAUCAGGCCAAUCACAGGCGACAGCUCUGACAAAUCAGAAGACAAAGUGAAGUUGAAAGCCACCAGUUCCAGUCAGCCCUCAGGCUCUGAAGGAGGCUCCUUUCUCCUCAAAUCUGGAGCCACGCCCCUGCCACCGGCGGCCAUCACUUCUCCCUCCAAGAGCACAAACGGCGCUCCGGGGUCUGUUGCUGAAUCAGAAGAAGAAAAAGCCAAAAAAUUACUCUAUUGUUCACUAUGCAAGGUGGCUGUGAACUCCCUGUCACAGCUGGAGGCACACAAUACAGGAUCUAAACACAAGACCAUGGUUGAGGCUCGUAAUGGAGCUGGUCCAAUUAAGUCCUAUCCAAGACCUGGGUCAAGAUUAAAGAUGCAAAAUGGCAAUAAGGGUUCAGGACUCCAGAAUAAGACAUUUCAUUGUGAAAUCUGUGAUGUCCAUGUUAACUCAGAAAUUCAACUCAAACAGCACAUUUCAAGCCGAAGGCAUAAAGAUCGCGUGGCAGGAAAACCGAUGAAGCCGAAAUACAGCCCUUACAACAAGCUCCAGCGGAGCCCAAGCAUUUUAGCUGCAAAGCUCGCAUUCCAGAAAGAUCUGAUGAAGCCUCUGGCCCCGACUUUUCUGUCCUCGCCCCUGGCGGCUGCAGCUGUGUCCACUGCGCUGUCCCUACCGCCUCGGCCAUCUGCCUCUCUCUUCCAGGCCGCAGCCAUCCCUCCUGCGCUGCUGAGACCUGGCCACGGGCCCAUCCGGGCCACUCCUGCCUCCAUCCUCUUUGCCCCUUACUAAAUACUUGCAGCCCGCAACAGGCCAGGCCAGUGGAAAGGUGUAGAAGGAAAGCCCAAAGGAUUCAGCAAUGUAAGCCUUGUGUGUGACUGUAAGUACCCCACCCACCCUCUGACAAAGCGCAGGCCACCGCCCAGCCCAACCUCCAGCGACAAACAGAGACCAGGCUCAAGGGCGCUAAUCCCCUAUUUCCCGUGUCCCCUCCGUCCUACCCCAGCCAAUUGGUGUAUCUGAGAUACUUAAGUUUCUUGAAACUAUAUUGAUCAGAAAAAGAAAACCGACCUCUGUAUUCCCAUGGACGUGAUCUGGCUUAGAAACAAAAUGGAAUCUUCCUGACAGACUUGAACGGUAGACUCUUCCUCGGAUGUCUGUAAAUAACUCCGGAAUCCAAGCGGGCAUAUUCUAGUGUGGAACAAAAGCCCAUCGCAAGUGCUUAAUUGUGGAUACCAUCUUCCCCAUGGAUCAUGGCGUUUUUCUUUUUGGUGUACUAGUGUCCACAGGGAUUGUGUACUGUUCUAGACCUGAGUACUGUUGUAUCCCGUGUAGUACUAGACUGUAACUCUUGUCGAAUUAAACUUUUUUUUUUACUGCUGUGUAAUUGUUAGGAAGCAAAAGUAGCUUUGAAAUUUUUUCUCUUUAAGAGAACAAAAGAUAAUGUAUUUUCUUUAUUUCGUGUUUUAUUUGGAGAUAUUUAAAUGAAAUAGAAAGCCAUAUAACAUAGCUAUAAUUACUACCUGUUUGCUAUUUUUGUUUUAACUUAUUUUUGUAGCACCCUCACUGGUUUGAGUUGCUAAGCAAAUGUGUACAGAAACAAAAAGAGCUUCCUAAUUGCACAUUUUGGCACCUUCUGUACAUCUGCAAGAAGACAAUGAAUCCGUGUAUUUCCAUAUAAUGAUCUUCAUUUUCAACUUUUGUUUUUCAUUUGUAAUGAUGCUACAUAAUUCUGUGGCUCUUUGAUGCAAUAAUGUACAGAAGAUAUAUAAUUUAUAAUUGAACAAUCUGUCUUUCUGUUCAGUGACUACGUCAUAGGUCAUGUGACCAUGCCCUGCCCGACAACCCCCCCCCCCAAAAAAAAACAAAAAAACUGAUGUUAAGAAGACUGGAAUGUUUGUGAUAUCAGGGGCAAGAGGUAUCAUAAAACAACAUAUAGAGUGAACUCUUUUUGAGGGCCUAUAUCUGCAAUCUGUAAAUGGUAAAAUG